CCACACACGGACCCUGUCUCCACUCCUCUCCUCUUCUUUUAUCCCCCUCUCCUCCUCGGCACACUCAAUGCGCAGUUCCCUUCGCUAAGCAGCUGUUUUUGUUCGGCGAAGUUACUUUCUUAAAUAGUUGACUUUGAAGUUUACUUUUUUUUUUUUUUUUAAAGAAAAUUAUUCUCGGACAUGACCACCAUGGCAACUCCGGCUGCUCCGGCUCUGCUCCCCGCCGCUCCACUCGGGCACCACCCGGCGCCGAGUUCCGUGUCUCCGGCCACCAACUCUCCGCCACCUGCGGCCACCUCCGCCUCUUCUUCCCCGGCUCCUCCGGUGGCGCACCCAGCGCUGCUUCACCAGUUCAGGGCGGACCUCUUACUACCAAACGGGACCCCGUUAAAGACCGGUGGUGCUCCCGUGUCCAGCAGCGCUAAGCCCGUGUACGCCACCCCGUCGCCAGUGGAGAGCACGCCGCAGAACAACGAGUGCAAACUGGUGGAGGUGAAAGGUGCCAAGCUGGCCUCGUUCACGGUGAAAGACACGGAGCUCAUCUGCCUCCCUCAGGCUUUCGACGUGUUUCUCAAGCACCUAGUCGGGGGACUCCACACCGUCUACACCAAGCUGAAACGGCUGGACAUUACCCCGGUGGUGUGCAACGUGGAGCAGGUCCGGGUGCUGCGGGGGCUUGGGGCCAUCCAGCCCGGGGUGAACCGGUGCAAACUCAUCUCCAGGCAGGACUUCGAGACGCUCUACAACGACUGUACCAACGCAAGUUCGAGGCCUGGACGACCGCCCAAGAGGCUGCAAAGUGUGACCGAGGGCGGGACUCACCACAUGCUGUCCCACAGUGGUCUGAUGCACGCUGGGAUCAUGCCUCCUGCAGAUCUGUCUGCCCUGGCCAAGAAGAUCAAGCUGGAGGCGAUGGCAGGUUACCACAGCAACCAGCAACAUGGCGGGCCAAACGGAGAGAACGGUGACCACAACCCCGGACUGGUUCUGGAUCAGUUGCCCUUCAUGAUGAUGUCACAUCCUCUGAUCCCUGCAAGCCUGGCGCCAGCCUCCGUUUCCAUGGCGAUGGGCCAGAUGAACCGAUUGAGCACACUAGCCAGCAUGGCCAACGUGGCGCAACUUCACGCCAACCCCCCUGCUAGGGCUCCCACCUCCGUCAUUAAGGAACGAAUGCGUGAUAGCCCUUCACCCUCUCCCUCAUUGGAGGAAGGUCAGAUGUCAUCCAAUCACAGCAGCAGCGUGUCGAGUUCACCGUCUCACACAGAACGCACUGCAGAAACCACACACCCGCUGCAUGACGGCCUGUCAUCAAGUCACAGUGUGUUGGGACAUUCCCCUGGCAUGGUGCAGGGGUCCAGAGAGGCAGAUGUGACUCCAGUGGAAUACAGCAAGGAGAGCAAGAGGAGCCACACUGACAGAGAUAACAGCUCCUUGGCCACUCAGACAACCAGGGAGAGCUGUGAUAGACAAGUCUACCAGAAACCCCCGUCAGGCAGGGAGGGCUGUGAUAGGGUAUCUUAUCCUGCGGGACAGAAGCUCCCAGCAGGUCUCCACCACACUCCCUUCAUCUUCCCCGAAGGCUUGUCCUCCAUAGAGACACUGCUCACGAACAUCCAGCAGGGUCUGCUGAGGGUUGCCAUAGAAAACGCCCGGGCGCAGGAGAAGCAGGACCAGCUGGAGAGGACGGAGCUGAAGAUGGAGCUGGUACGAGAGAGGGAGCUCAGAGAGACCUUGGAGCGACAGCUGAGCAUCGAACAGAAAAACAGAGUUCUGAUUCAGAAGCGCCUGAAGAAGGAAAAGAGAAGUAAGAGGAGACUACAGGAGGCUUUGGAGGAGGAGGUCAAACUCCGUGAUCAGGCAGAGCACAGCCUGCUGCACACUGCCAACACGCACACAGGCCAUCAAUCAUCAGCAGCCCCUCCUCACACAGAAUCUUUGACCCAAGACGUGGAUGGGAGCAACCACGAUGACAACAGGCUGGACACCAAGGCAACAGUACAAGAGGGCAGAGUGUUCCUGCAGACCACUGGGAUGUACUGAAGACUUUGUGGAUGGAUGGAUGAAUGGAUGGAAGGAUGACUGGAUGGAUGGAUCAAUGGAGUGACGAAGAUUCCUCAUUUAUGAGAAAUACAAUUGACAGGCAUGCUCAGUCGCACAGUGGCAUCUGAGAUAAACACCUCCACCUCCUCACGAGGACUCCCCUACAUUUUAAGGGUGACCUUUGAACUUUCCCAUUGUUCUCUUGUUUUAAUUUAUUCCAUUUAUCACCGAAUCUUGGCCGUAGUGGGAACAGUACUUUAUUCUGAUGAUGUGUUUGACUGUGUUUCUUUCAAUCAAGGUUUUUAGAUCCUAGAUGAAGAUGACCAUAGUUGUUUUUUGUCAGUGCUGUUUAUCUGGACACAAAUGCUGAAUAUUACUUGUAACAGAGUUGUGUACAUAUAUAUAGUCAUCAUUUUUGUUAUUAUUAUUAUCAAAAAAACAUAAUGGCAUGUUGUACAGUCAGUAAACGACUUGUAUUGUGUAUGUUAUGCAGUAGUGCAGUUUGACAAUACAAACAAUACAAAUCCUUUUUAUUAAACUGUGUUAGUGCUUCUUUCUUUUUUUUCACAAG